AUGGCGUAUAACAAACAUCUGGGGUUGACCCUUUGGGCGCCAGAGAUGAAGCAUGCAGCUGGAAACGGUCCGUCACCGCCAUCCAGUCUGUUCCAUCUCCAUUUUGGUAUUCCUGUCGCUGCCGGCAGGUUGGUGUGCUUAUGUCCCUCUAUCACCGCUACUGCAUUUGUGUGCUGCUGGCAGGUGAUGACUGACCCUACUAUAUUUCAGAGGGUAACAUGCGCCAUCAUAGGCAGUCGUGGACCGAAGAACGGAGGAGUGGAAUCGUUCGGUGUGAAGAACAAACUCGGCUGGCCGGAGGAGGCGAGGGUCUCGGAUGACCUGUUCGACUUGGUCGGAUCACCCUAUUUCGCGCGGGUGGCGGUCGAGGCGACAAGAGUCGCAGACCCUUCCGUGCAUGUUCAAAUAGCCCUUUGGCUUGACCAUGAUGCCGUAUUACGGACGGCGAGGUGGGCGGUUGGCCAUCGGUGA